AUGAAACAGUUUCGUGGUCGUCGGAGCAAUAUAUCAAUUUAUACUACCAUUACUGCUUCAUUACCAUUUAUUGAAGUCGAUUUAAAUUUAACUCCACAACAAAUGUCUAUGUUUAUCAAUGGUCUCAAAUAUAUUAUACCAUGUCAAAAUCAAUUUUCUGGCAAAUCAAUUGAACAACUUGUUAGUGAACAAUAUCAAAGUAUAUCAACAACAGUAAAAAACUGCCUAAAAGAUCAUCGAAUACCAGCUGCAAAUCAACGAGCAGAAGAAGCAUUUCAAGCAUUACGGUGUAUCCUACAUGAAUUACAAUCAAAAAAGCUAUCCAAAAAAUUUGGAAAACGUGCAAAACGUGAGUACAAAAUCGUACAAAGUAUUCGAUGUCUUUUACGUGGCAGGCCAGAUAUUGUCAUACGUCGUACAGAUAAAAGCAAAGUAUUCUAUAUUUGUAAAGCAACUGAUUUUGCACGAAAAGCAGAAGAAUAUAUGUUAAAAAUAAAAGCUUAUCAAGAAACUACAAGUGGUCAUUGUCCUCUAUCAAAUAUGUUAUAUACUGUACAAACAUUACUCUCCAGUCUUACAGCACAGAAAGCUCUCAGCUUUCAACAAUAUAGUAAAAUAUCUCCAAAACUAAACAAAUUGGAACUUGGUCAUUAUCAUGGCCUACAGAAACCACAUAAACCUAGUACACCAUUACGACCUAUUAUUGCCUGUAUACAUGCACCAGCAACAUUGGUAUCGAUAUUUUUAAAUGAUCUAUUAGCACCUAUAUAUUUAAAUAUUGCUCGUGAAAUAACAUUUAUUAAUGGCAUUGAUGUGAUACGAAAAUUGGAAAAAUAUAUUUUGGAUGGUCAUUUUCAGGCAACAACAAAAUUUAUUAUAAUUAAUGUGACUGAUCUUUAUACAAUGAUACCUCGAGAAGGUGCAUUACAUACAUUGAUGCGAUUUUUAGAAAAGAAUUCACAUCAUGGAAAAAUUGGUACAUUAUCUAUUGCUGGUAUUAUGAGAAUGGCUCGUUUAAUAUUAGACACUAAUUGUUUUGCUUAUGAUAAUAAAUAUUAUCAACAAACUCGUGGUGGUGCUAUGGGCUCAGCAUUUACACAAGUAUUGGCUAAUAUCUAUAUGUAUGAAUGGGAGCAAGAUUUAAUCAAACAUCAAGCAAUUCACAAUGGAGUAUAUGAAAGGUACAUCGAUGAUAUAUUCAUGACAACUAACCAGAGCAUAGAUGAAAUUAAAAUAGAACUCGAAAAAGCUGCCAAUAAAGAUAUGAAUAUUAAAAUUCACUAUGAAAUUGAUACAUCAGUUAAUUUUUUGGAUGUUACUAUAACAAAUGAAAAUGGGCAAUUAAAAACAUCUCUUUAUCAUAAACCAACUACUGAACCUUAUAUAUUGCUAUACACAUCCGAUCAUCCAAGACAUAUUCAUCGUAAUAUACCAUAUGCUGCCCUACUACGUGCGGCUCGAAUUUGUUCCGAUCUACACGACUUCAACAGAGAACGCAUUCGUAUUGAUAUGUCACUAUUAUUAAACAAUUAUCCACCAAAUUUCAUUAGAAAACAAUUCAAUCGAUUCUUCCAAGUAAACAAUGCCAUGCCAGUUCUAAAUGAAUUGAAUUCUCAAGCAUACAGUCACCUACAUCAACAACUAUUGUAUUAA